AGGAGGGUGUGUUUACGAAGCGCGCGCAUUCUACGGCUCUACCGUGGAGAAUGGAAAGGAGUGGGCGCGCGCAGCUGUCACUCCCGGAGUUUUUCCUCCCCUCGUCCAGUCCGUCCGUUCAUCCGUGCCACGCUGAGAGAAAAGAGCCCCGAAUCUCGUGCCACAGUUUGCGUUCUCGGUAAUAUACCGCAAAAGAAAGCAUGGGAGGAAAGCUCAGCCGGAGGAAGAGUGAGCCCGCUGUGGGGGAGGCAGCUCCUGCGGCCGAAGGGGCUGAGAGCCAGGAGACCCAGAAGGAGGCGGCGGCCGGCGAGAGCCAGCCUGCGGAGGAUGCCGGACCCCUGGCGGGCGUCAUGGCGGCGGUGAGCCAGACGGUGCAGGAGACUGUGAGCGCGGCGACCGAACAGGUCCCAGCAGCCCUGGCGGCCCCUCUGGACGACGCCCUGAAGGCAGCCUCCGACAGCGCUGUGGGCAUGGUGGACUCCAUGAUGGCUUCCCUGAGCAUGAAAGAGGAGGCCAAGGAGGAGCCUGCACCUGCUCCAGAACCAGAACCGGAACCCGUUGCCAUUCCAGAACCCACACCGGAACCCGCCUCCAUUCCAGAACCUGCUGCCAUUCCAGAACCAGAACAAACCCCUGUUCCAGAGCCAGAGCCUGUAGUAGUAGUUUCACAACCAGAUCCAGUUCCUGAACCCGCACCCGUACCAGAACCAGAGCCAGCUGCCCCAGAACCAGAGCCUGCUGCCCCAGUACCAGAGCCAGAGCCUGCUGCCCCAGAACCAGAGCCUGUCCGUGAGCCCAGCCCAGAGCCUGCUGCCCCAGAGCCACUAGUGGUGAUGUCUGAGGAGGCCCCCCCUGCUCCUGAGGAACCCUUACCUGUGCCAGAACCUGCCUCUGCCCUGGACGACCUGAUGUCCGAGCCUAUUCUAGAAGCUUCCAUUCCUGCUCCAGAGCCCAUCCUGGCUGCCAUUGACGACUUGGCCCUGCCUGAGGUGCCCAGCCCCACGCUGGAGGAGGUGGAGGUCCCUGUGGUUGCUGAGGGCCUCAUUGAGCAGCUGGAGCAGUGCGUGGAGAAUUCCCCGGCUGACGAGCUCCAGCAGGUGACCGGACUGAAAGUGGACUUGAGUGCUGCCGCCGACGGCGACGACGGGAUGCUGGUCCCAGAGGACCUGGCAGGAGAGGCUGAGCAAGCCCUCACCACGGCAACCGGCGUCGUCAACGACCUGAUCUGAGCACAGCACUGCGCACACACGCUCACACACAGAGCCCCCCCCCAUCCACCCACCCUCCUCCAACACACACAAUACAGGACUGAAGAGUGCACGUGUGUGUGUGUGUGUGUGUGUGAGGUUUAGACGUAGCGUGAAGUUUUAGUUCAGUGAGUAAUGACAUGUCUGUUUCAGUGAAGGCCGGUCUGGGGGGUGGGGGGGGGGGGGUGUUAAGAGAGGGAAUUAUGUACAAAUACUGAUCCUGUCUGCAAACUGUAGGAGGGAGGUGUGAACCCUACGCUAAAAAAAAGUCCUUUUGGCCUCCGGGCCACCAGAGGCAACCUAGCAGUCCUGAAUGGGUGACCUUAGAUUUGUAUAGGAGGCGGCCCCAGUGAGUUUUAAAACCAUGUUAACUGAAUCAGUGUUUACUCUCUGUCCUGCUCUCUUGCUCUCUCCAUCUAUCUUCUUUCUCUCUCUCUCUCUCUCCUGCUUUCUCUGUUUGUAUUCUGAAUCGGCGUGAAGGAAAGUGGCCUUAUGUGUUUGUCGUCAGAUGGAAUGUAUGUGUCAACAGCCGAUGGCGGUGAUGGUGGUUCGGGAAAAUAAAAUAAGAUGGUUACGUUAA